GGAAGUUAGAGGGACAUAAAUUAGGUUACUUACAUUAUGUCUACCACUGCCACUUGUAUAAUGUAAAUUUGCUAAAGCAUUAUGAUGACUCAGUGACACAGUGGUAGAGAUUAAUUGAGCUGGGUUUGAGAAUGCAUAGAGACAGUGCAAAAAGAAAAAAGAAAAGCAGAUGGCUUGACCGUGUUUCAAUUAGUGUAAAUCAAUGAUGACCGCAUGAGUCAUUGUGAGAGAAAUGUAUAGACGUGGCAGAAGAGAACCGCCGAGAACGUCUACGUGCUGCACUCUCUAGAUUCACCAUAAAGUCAAACAGACAGAUCAGAGCCACACUGCAGCAUGGAUUAUCAGCAACCCUUCUGCAAUCCGAGCGUGCCAUUCACAGGCUCUAUCCAGGGAGGUCUGCAUGAGGGGAAGACCAUCACCGUGACAGGGAGAGUCCUGCCAGGAGCCCGCAGGUUUCAUGUGAAUUUGCAAUGUGGCUCAGAAGAUAAACCUGACGUAGCCCUCCACUUCAACCCCCGAUAUGAUGAAUCCAAACACCAUGUGGCCUGCAACACCAUGCUGUGCUCUAAGUGGGGCCCAGAGGAGCGUAAAUAUUAUAUACCCAUGACCCAGGAGGAACGAUUUACCCUCAUAUUCCUGGUCAACCGAGAUUCAUAUUCGGUGAUUGUGAAUGGUGUCCACUUCAUGGAGUACCUGCACCGGAUGUUAAUCACCAGAGUGGACACCAUCUUUGUGUAUGGGGAUGUGGAGAUCGAAUGCAUUGCCUUCUCCAACCCUGCAGUGACAAGCGUGCCAUUCACAGGCUCUAUCCAGGGAGGUCUGCAUGAGGGGAAGACCAUCACCGUGACAGGGAGAGUCCUGCCAGGAGCCCGCAGGUUUCAUGUGAAUUUGCAAUGUGGCUCAGAAGAUAAACCUGACGUAGCCCUCCACUUCAACCCCCGAUAUGAUGAAUCCAAACACCAUGUGGCCUGCAACACCAUGCUGUGCUCUAAGUGGGGCCCAGAGGAGCGUAAAUAUUAUAUACCCAUGACCCAGGAGGAACGAUUUACCCUCAUAUUCCUGGUCAACCGAGAUUCAUAUUCGGUGAUUGUGAAUGGUGUCCACUUCAUGGAGUACCUGCACCGGAUGUUAAUCACCAGAGUGGACACCAUCUUUGUGUAUGGGGAUGUGGAGAUCGAAUGCAUUGCCUUCUCCAACCCUGCAGUGACAGGACUCCAGAAACAACCAGCAAACCAGGCUGUCGUAAUGUGAAUCAGUGGAUGUAAAGAAUCCAGCUAGCUAAAGCAUUUACUGCAAAUUGAAUGUACAAUUUUGUAAGCUUGCCUUGCUGAUAUUUGCCAUGCAAUGCAGAUAGAUGAAAUAACGUAGCUAGCUAUGUUCUUGCUUAUUGUGCAGUGGAGGAUAAAAAUACCUGUAUGCCUAUGGAUGUGUAGCUAGCUAUCUAGCUGAUCUGUGUAUGGACCCAAACAUUAGGUUCUGAACUAAUGUCUACCAAUCUAUGAACCUCAACUAUCAUAGCCAGUUGUGUCAACUUCAGAACCGUCUGAAAGACAUUUUAAUGAAGCCUAUGGAUUGAGUAGAAUAUAAUAUAACUUUGUGCCAAGGAUGCAAGUUGUAUAUACAUGUAGUUAUUACCAUGCAUGAGAUCCAUCCCCACAUUGUAACCUGUACAUUUAAUAUAGUAACUGAUCAUGUGCUCUACCUUGGAAAAUAAAGGUGCAGUUCAGGUA